AUGGAGAUUCUCCGUAACAGGUCAAAUACUUCUGAUUCUCCUAUUGAAAUUUCUCCUAGUAAGCCUGAUGAUUUUGUAUCUGCUGAUAUUCCGUCUGCUGUGCCUACUGUGUCUGAUAAUGUAAAUGCGUUAUUAUCUGUGAAAUCCUCUGUGUCUGAUGAUCCCCCAUGCAUCCCCUCUACGAAGUCUGGGCCUUUGAAGGAAGUUGUUGAUGUUGUGUCUGAUGAGAAAGAUAAACCCUCCGAGGAAACCAACAAUCUAAGUUUGGUUGUUUACUCGUCUGAUAAUGUUGCUCUGCCUCCUUCUGCGAUUGCUGAUGUCCCACAUGAAAUCUGUCCCUCUGAUAAUCUCUCUGGUUUGCCUGUUGAAGUUGAAUCUGUUAAACACUCAAGCACCCAUGCAUCUGAAAGAAUAGAUGGAGUCCCAGUUUACACCUCCUCAUCUUUGGCUGAAAGUCUUGAACAUGUCCGGCAUUUUGCUGGUUUACCUGCUGCCUCCAUUCCAGAACCAUACCGUGUGAUUCAUCAUUCUGAGUCCUCGAGUGAAGAUGAAAAGAUCCUUGCUGAAGUCUAUGGCACUCAAGCUCAUGCAUCUAAGCCCCCAACUGUUGAGGCUACUGCUCAUCCUGAUUCCACCACCUUUAAAAUUCGAGAAGUAACAAAUCUUCUUGGAAGUUCUUCUGCCCAUGUUCCUGAUUCCCGUCACUCUGUGUCUCCUGUUGUUGUUGAGACGGGUGAUGACAAUGCUGAUGUAGAUCAGCCUGAGAAGAGAAGCAAGUCCAGUGAGUCUAUCGAACCUGAAGCUAAUCCUCCAAUUCAACAAGUGUUCAAGACACUACGGUCAUCUGUUAAGCAAAAAGGUCCUGCUGCUGUUCAACCAGCUGUUGUUCCCACAUCCUCUACCCGAAAGGGGAAACCAUCUACUCGUUCCAGAGGUCGGAGCAUCACUCUUGAGGUUCAACCUGUUGAAAGUACUGACACAUCUUUUUACAAGCCUCAGUUUGUUACCUCCACUGCUCAAGGUAAAUGGUCCACCAUGGUAAGGAGAGAUCUCAUUAUUCAAUGGCCUGUUAAUGAAAACCAGAUGAAUUCAGUUUGCGACAUUCUGCCACUGCUGAGUGAAGUGGGCUUGCUGAAGACUGUCUCCUCUAUUUGUCCGUAUUCGAAGCUCCUCAUGUAUGAAUUCUACUGUAAUCUCAAUGAAGAGAUAGACAAUCUGACUAGGCCACGACCAAUGCAAAUCUUCAUUCGAGGUAAAUGGUACGUCUUUGGUCCUGACAUGAUCAAUGAAUACUAUGGCUUGUCAGUGGUGUACGAAGAAGCAAUCACUGACUGGGAUUCAGUGGCCAAGACCCUAACCGGUGGACAGACUGAUACAUGGCCAUCUGGUGACAAGGAUUAUAUACCUAGCUCUCAGCUCACCUCAAAAUAUGUCAUAUUGCAUCGUCGUGCACUUCACAACUGGCUUCCAUCGGCCCAUUUCCAUACCGUGGGCAAGCAAUUGGCAGGUCUCUUGUUUCGAAUUGGAACAAAAAUGGCGUUUGAUUUGGGGGCCUGGAUUUAUAAUCAUAUCCUCACCUUGAUCCAUCCACGUGAACAGAAGGUAAGGCUACCCUCCCCUAAUAUGAUAUUUGGAGUACUAACAACUCAGGGCCUUGGGCCGAUGCCUAGUGAGGUGAUAAGUCCGACUCUGCUCUAUACUAUUGACCGUCGUCUUUUGACUGGAGACCAUAUUUGUGAUGUUACACUGGUGAUUGCUCCCUCCAAUUCUGAAGCUGAUACAGUGGCUGAUGAUUCGCCGCAUGCAAGGGAUCUCCAACUUUCUAUACAGUUGAAGGCAAGGGUUUCUGAGCUUGAGACAGUUCACGGCAUAAUUGCGAAGCAGCUGACAGGGGCUCGUACUGAAUUGGCCACCGUUCUUCUUCGUUUAAGCUUGUCUAAAUCUGCUGCUGCUGAACCUGCGAAGUCUGACAGUGAGACUCCCUCCAAUGCUUGA